UUCUUCUGUUGGUUUCAUCUACAAGCUUUGCUGUUCUUGUUCAAAAGCUCAGGAACAAUCACGUAUAUAACUAAUAGUCUCGUUUGAGUUAACUCUUCGGAUAUUGAAUGUGUUCAGCAAGUCCGUCGUCGUUGUUCCCGGAAGACCUCACAGUGAAACCCAUUGUUCAAGCACUUCCAGCACCAAGCAAUAUAAAUAUUCCCUCAGAUCUACUGCGGGAGAUAUUGUCCCGCCUUGGACUGAAAGCCAACAUACAUGCUUCUCUUGUCUGCAAGACAUGGUUUCAAGUAGCUGUUUCUGUCAGGAAGUUACAGCCUCAUCCUUGGCUUUUUUAUCCACUAAAAGGAGAAGCAAACGGAGACUACAUUCUUUUAGAUCGGCAACGGUCUCAGGCAUACAAGCUUAAUUUUCCAGAUUUGAAGGGCCAUGGAUUCUCUUGUUCUAGGGAUGGUUGGUUGCUUGUGUCCACAAAUUUCCCCUCGUACUUGGUAUUUUUCUUUAACCCGUUUACCCGGGAGUACAUAUACUUACCCGAGGCUGCACCUACGUCAGGCUACUGUUUAACUUUCACAGCCGCUCCUACAUCAAGUAGUUGUUUGGUGAUCUCGCUUAACGAUAGAAGUAUCUGCUCAUAUAUUGAGAUUGCUACUUGGAGACCUGGCGAAACCCUAUGGACCACCCAUCGGUUUGAGAACUUGUUACCCGGUCGUAGAUGGAAGAGUUGUGUCUUCUCAAAUGGUGUUUUAUAUUGUCUCACUACUUUCAGCAACAUUGGGAUUUUCGACCCGUCUAGAGCAACCUGGAAUAUUCUUCCAGUGGAACCCUGUCCCGCCUUUUUUCAGGUAGAUUUGGGUAGGCGAGUGUUGAUGACGGAGCAUGAAGGAGACAUAUUUGUUAUGCUUACAAGCCGCAACAAGAACCCAUUGAUGUUUAAACUAAACCUUAAACGCAAUGCAUGGGAAGAGAAGAGAGAGCUUGGUGGCUUGACAGUAUUCGCAAGCCACCCUACCUCCCUUACAAGAGCUGGUCUCUCGGUGAAGGAGAGGAACAGAAUAUACCCAUCACAUAAUGGGCAUCUCGGUGUGUACUACUCCCUUGGUGAUGGUAUAAUUAGCUCUCGUUUCCCUACGAGCAACUAUUUGUCUAACCGCAUUGCUUGGGUGGAUCCUCCUCACAACAAUUUUAAUUUGUGACAUCGUCUUUUAUGUUUGGUUUAAUAAAAAAAAUAUUUGAGGUUUUAUUAAAAGAAGAAAAACUAUCGAUUGAAAUGUUAAGGCCCAAUCUUUGAAAGCGAUUUAUGAAACUAUCGAUUCUAAAUCACCUUCACAUAUAGGAAAAGCAAAACAAGACUUGGAGAAAUUAUUCUUUGAAUUACUGCACAUGUUUGCUUUGGUUUUGCAAAGCUCAUGAUUAAAAUAAUACACCUCAGCUUUCUCUUCGUUCACCAGGUCUAAAAUACCGUGUGUCUAGUCUUCGAACCCAAUAAAAUGAUAUGAGAAAUGUUUUUAAAAUUUGUUAUGGUUUUGAUAAUUUUUAUAUUUACAUUAGUUAAGCAUAUGGUGUUUUUCUUUUGAAUUUAGGGUUGUGAUAUCUUGUAUCAUGGGACAUUGCCUAUUGAAAUUUUUUAUGAUCACUAAAAAUGCACCAACAUUUAUAAAUUAACCUUGAACUUCAGUAGCGUUUAGGGUCAAUAUGAAGCUUAGCUAAAAUCUUCUUUAAUUUUUCUCAAGCAAAAGUCGGUUCAUAUCAACUUGCUAUCAGAGCCAAACAAUUCGAUGGGAGGAGUUGAUUCUUGUUUCCGUCAAGUUGUUUUCUGAUUUCAUGAUGACAAUUCGAUAAGGUAAGUACAAUGUUCCAAGAUUUCCAAGCGAUGAAACUGGAGAAAGAGAACCAAAAAAAGGCAGAGACUUAGCAAUCAAACGUUACGUGUAAUUUUGGUAUA